GGCUGGAUCAAUGGAUGGAGGGAAUCGCUCCUUUGUGUCUGAAUUUGUGUUUGUGGGAAUCACCCAUUCAUGGGAGCUGCAGAUUUUUUUCAUGGUGUUCACCACUGUGUUCUAUUUGUCAAGCAUGACUGGGAACAUCCUCAUUGUGUUUUCUGUGACUGUUGAUUCUCACUUACAUUCCCCCAUGUACUUCCUACUUGCUAGUCUGUCCUUCAUUGACAUGGGAGCCUGCUCUGUUGCCUCACCUAAGAUGAUUUAUGACCUUUUCAGGAAGCGUAAAGUCAUCUCCUUUGGAGGCUGCAUUACUCAGAUAUUCUUCAUCCACGUCAUUGGUGGUGUGGAGAUGGUGCUGCUCAUCGCCAUGGCCUUUGACAGAUAUGUGGCCAUAUGUAAGCCCCUCCACUACCUGACCAUCAUGAACCCACGAAUGUGCAUUUUACUUGUGGCUGCUGCCUGGGCCCUUGGUGUCAGUCACUCACUGUUCCAACUGGCAUUUGUUAUUAAUUUACCGUUCUGUGGUCCUAAUGUACUGGACAGCUUUUACUGUGACCUUCCCCGGCUCCUCAGACUGGCCUGUACAGAUACUUACAAAUUGCAGUUUAUGGUAACUAGCAAUAGUGGGUUUAUCUGUGUUGGUUCUUUCCUCAUACUCAUCAUCUCCUACAUUUUCAUUCUGUUUACUGUUUGGAAACAUUCCUCAGGUGGUUCGUCCAAAGCUGUUUCCACCCUGUCAGCUCACAUCUCUGUGGUCAUUUUGUUCUUUGGUCCAACCAUAUUUAUCUAUACAUGGCCACAUUCCAGUUCACAAAUGGACAAAUUUCUAGCUAUUUUUGAUACAGUUGUUGCACCUUUUCUGAAUCCAGUUAUCUAUACCUUCAGGAAUAAGGAAAUGAAGGCAGCAAUGAAAAGAGUAUGCAAACAGCUUGUGACUUACAGAAAGAUAUCAUAAAUGAUAUAAUACUUUUUGACUAACAA